AUGAAUCCUGAGGAUCCCACUAGUGGGUUCCGGCAUGGCAAGGUGUUAAUGUUCAUCAAUGAGCAAAUGUCCAAGGACACAAAAGGCCCCGCGUUCUACCUUGAGAACUUGUCCCUGUCCUGGGAGGAGGUGGAAGAAAAGCUCAGAAUCCUCCUGGAGAAUGGGGAGAUGCUGGGGCAGGCUCAGGAAGCCUGUGCCUGGGCCAGCCUGGCCUUGGGUGUUCGCUUUGCUUGGAGGCAAGUCCACUUGCAGGGGCGCCGAGUGCAAUGGCUGCACGACUUCGCCUGCCUGCACAGGUCAGCGGCACAUGCCUUGGCGUCAGACCUGAAGAAACUCACAGACCAGCAAGAGAUGGACAGCAAGGAGGCGGCCUUCCAGCUUCAGCUGGCCCACACCAAACUGGCAGAGGUGCAGAGAGACAGGGACCAAAUGAGGCUGAAGCUACUACAUGCAAGAUUUGUCACCCCUAUGAGAACUCUGAAAGACUAUGGAGGAUGCCAGCACCAGAUGCAAGCAAGGACUGUGACUGUACAGCCUUUUAACAGAACUCUUCCCUGGUCCCCAGUGGACAGAACCACGGACAGGUCUGAACAGGACACUCUACUGCUCCAAGGUGAGUCAGCCUCUGAUCCGACAGAGCGUUUGCCAGUCGAG